GGAAGAUGCUCUACAGAGCAGUGUCCGUAAGUAGCUAGUUGACUAGCUGGAUUCAGAUGGAUCGGAGUCAAAUGGAGAGGUCAAAGGAAGCGACAAAGCAUCUUGCUCCACAUGCACUCUGGCCAGUGGACCUAAAGUUAAUGCAUGUUGACUGCAAUCCUGGAGACACAUUGGUACACUUUCAAGGUCAAUAUGUUACUGUCUGUGAAUUGGACUACAACAUUCUUCAAGUGGAAAUUCAGAAUGCCCAAAAAACAAAGGUGUCUUUGGAAGUUGGAGAAUUCUGUCUGGUGGAAGACCUCCUGUCCAGUCGCUGGUACAGAGGAAGAGUUCAGAACAAACAGAGAGGUUUGUCAGAUGUGUUCCUGCUCGAUCAUGGUAAUAUUCUUACUGUUGGCCCCAACCACUUAGCUGCAGUUUCUGAAGCCUUGCUCAUGCUUCCUCCCAAGAUCGUGUGUGGGUUUUUUGCAAAUGUGCUGCCAAUUCAGGAAUGUUGGGACAAAUUAUCAGAAAAGUAUUUCUUUUCUUUGAUAGGCAGUCAUAUCAAAGGAUAUAUUCAUGCUCUUCUUCCAUACAAAGUCUUCAUACUUGAAGUACCAGAAAUAACUAAAGAUUUGCUAAGACUUAACUUGGGCAAACAUGUGGAUACAGACACAUUUCUGUUACUGGUGGAAAUGUUGAUUGGAGUGCCUAUUCAACAAAGCAUUGCAUCUGUCCCAGAUUUGAUCAUUGAGAAGCAAAUUGUACAAGAAAUUUCCUUCAGACCCUCACGUUUACGGAGCUUUGAGAACAUUCUUUCACUCACUGGUCCAAAGCUUAUUGUUGGACAGAAGGAAAGAGCCAAAAUAACAGCUGCAGUGAACAAUGGGCUAUUUCACUGUCAGCUUUCAUCAGUAGCAAAUGACCUGAGAGAAAUGUCAGAAAAACUGGCACUUGCAUGUGAGUUAAGGAGUAGUAGCUACAAGGAUAAGCUAGUUGAAAAUUUGGGCUUACUCUGUGCAAUCAAGGGUAAAGAUGAGAAGUGGCACAGAGGUUUUGUGCAGUGUCUGCCUGUCAACUCCCAAGUCAGAGUUGUGUUUGUUGACUAUGGAUAUUGUGAAUCUGUAAAAGUUGAAAACAUUCUUCAACUACCAUCGAAUUUCCUGCAGACCCCCAUCAUGGCUUUUCCAUGUUCACUUUCUUGCUUAAGUGAUAAAGAUGAAGAGACAAAGUGCCAGCAACUGCAGAUCCUCAAAAAUGGAUUACUAGGCAAGGAGCUAGAAGUUACAGUUGAUGACUUAAACAAAGAGGACAAUGUUUAUUUAGUCACUCUUAACAGUGUUGAGGGGUAUGUACAUAUCAAAACACUGCAGUCCAAAGAUAUUGAUGAACUGGAAAACUGUGGUAUUCUUAAGAGUGAGCAUAUCUUGAGUCGCUUUAUAAGGUGCGACACAAAUGAAACAAAAAAAGUAGAAACUCCAAAAGAUUCUAUCCCCUUUGAAGACAUUCAGCAAGGUUCUGUUUUUGAGGGUUAUGUAGAGCAUGUCCAGAGUCCAAAUGAUUUCUGGAUUAGAACAGCAGAGCGCAAUAACAAUUUUGAGGAAAUGAUGAAAAAAUUGUCUGAUCACUUCAGUGGAUUACAACUGAAUCAGGAAAUUCUUGAGGAUCCAGUGCCUGGUGUAUUUUGCUGUGCAAUGUAUGAAAAAGACAUGCACUAUUACAGAGCUCUUGUUGUGGACGUUUUUGAGAAUGGUGCUGAGGUGUUUUUUAUUGACUUUGGGAACACAGAAAAGGUGCCAAGCAUGUUGAUAAAGAAACUACCUAGGCAAUUUGCUGUGGAACCAGAGUUUGCUUUCAAUUGUUCUUUGGCUAAUGUUACUCCAUUGGAAGAUGUCUGGCAAAAGGCAGCAACUGAGUUCUUUAAGAAAGCCACAUUGAAUAAAGCAUUCCUGGUUCAAGUCAUUCACAAAUGGAAGGGCACUUUUGUUGUGGAGCUUUAUGAGAGACAGACUGAAAAAAGUGAGAGCAUUACAGCCCUUAUGACCAGAGCAAAUAUGGCAGAAUAUUGGAGGGGCAAUCUCACAAUCUCAUCUGCAAAAUGGACAGAAAACAAAAUGGACAGAAAGAAAUGUGGACAAGGGCAGUUUGCUGAAUAUUCCCCUGAGGGGCUGUCACAAAAACACUCUGGCAAAGGAACAAAGAAAGAAGAUUUGCAUGCGCAGGAGACUGUCGUAACAAAGGGAGCCCACUUUGAGUCUCCAGAAUCCACAACCAAUGCUGCAGAUCUUUUCAGACAGCCAAAACUUCAGCCUGGAUUUGAAAUAAGUGUUCAGUGCUCAUAUGUCAGUUCUCCUUCAGAGUUCUGGUGUCAGAACAAGAAACAAAAAGGUGACUUAGACAGAUUAAUGGAAAACAUGCAAGCUUUUUACCAAACAUGCAGCCCUAAGUUACAGCCACAAAGCAAAUGUUGUGCUAUCAAGUUUGAGCAGGACAAUAGAUGGUAUAGGGGAUGCACUCUUGGAGUAAAAAAUGAAGAGGUUAAGGUGUUCUUAGUUGACUACGGCAUGGUUGUGAAAGCAAGGCUACAACACCUUCGAGCACUAAUGCCAAGCUUUCUUGAGCUUGAAGGGCAAGCAUUCAGAUGCAGCUUGUACAACCUAAUUGAACCAGUUGGAGAAAGAUUCUGGUCUGAAAAAGCAUGUACAUUAUUGAAGCAUUUUGUUUCUGGAGUUUCACCUAAUCUCACAUGCAAAGUCUAUUCUCAGCUCUGUGUGGCAAAUAAAGGCCUUUGCAAUGUGGUUGACCUGUACACACCUAAUCAUCAAGCCUCUGUGCAUCUUGUUGAACAUGGUGUUGCUGUCAAAAUCCAAAAUCCAAGGCAACUGGUUCCAUCUGCUUAUCCUUGCUCUUUUGUUUAUUCUUCAUUCAACAUUAGCAUUGGAAGUGAAGAGUUGGUGUAUUCUACUCACAUUGUCAGUCCUUGGGAAAUCUAUUUCCAGUUGGACAGAAAUAGUGAGGCCAUUGAGGAGCUAAUGGAAAGAGCUACUAAAGAAAGUGGAGAACUAUUGAGUCAGACUUGUGAGGCAAACACAGGCACUGUUUGUUUAGCCAAAUAUUUUGUUGACAGUAAUUGGUACAGGUCAUAUGUUCGGCCUGCACAGUCCAAUUUACACUUGAAUGUAUUCUUUGUAGAUUAUGGAAACAAGCAGAUUGCUGAAAAAAGAAAUGUGUUACCCAUCCCCAGAAAGGCUGCUGAUUUACUGUUGACACCCAUGCAAGCUUUAAAGUGUAGCCUGUCAAAUAUUCAAGAGGAGGAACAUUUGCCAGAAGUUAAUGCAUGGCUUGAGAAGACCAUUCUAAAUAGGGCACUUCAGGCAAGGUUUGUAGGAAAAGACAACAGAGGACAUUUCAUUUGUGACAUUUUUGAUGGAAACAUGCACAUCAAUGAGAAGGUCAAAGAACUUUUUGCACUUCAUAAACAAAAGGAAAGAAAUUAUAUCAGAAAACCUAGUGAAUGCUGCAAACAAGUCACAAAUGUGUCUUCAGCAGAAAACAAAUCAAAGAACAAGGAGAAAGGUGACAUGUGCAGACAAAUUUACCAGACAAAACCUCCAAAAUUAAAAUUUGCAUCUCACAGGCCAAACAGUACUGGCUCAAAACAUGAUGGCAAAGAAAAAAACAAACUGAAGUUCAGAGGACAAGUCAAAGGGAUUGCGAAAGGUGCUAACCUUAGCACUCCAUGCAGUUUCAAUACACAUACCCCUACGUUGUUGCCAAAAAUUAGUGAUCUGCCAAAUACCAAAAUAAGUCCAGGUUUUAGAUGUGUGGGAUUAAUUUCACAUAGUAACUCUGUUGAUGGCUUCUUCAUCCAAAUGGAAAAUGAUGAACCCAGCAUACUUAAAAUGGGGGAAGAACUGAAUAGCAAGCUGUUCAAAAAAAAUAUGAAAAGUAUUACUUCAGAAGUUAAUGUAGGUGAUCUUGUUGCAGCAGAGUAUGAAGCAGAUCAGACUUUAUACAGAGCCGUUGUCACUAAUGUUUCUGCCAGUGAUAUCCUCACAGUUGAAUUUGUUGAUUAUGGAAACACAGCAACUGUUGAUAGGAAGAAAAUUCAUCCUCUAACAGGCAGGUUUCUGUCUCAGACUAGAUUAAGCAUCCUCUGCACAUUGUCAAAAUCUCAAUCUUCUGAAGAUGUUGAAACCUUUAUCAAGGAAAGACAUGGCACACCUCUGAUGAUUGAGUUUAUACAAAAUCUUGGCAAUGCAUGGGAGGUGAGUGUUGAAAUUGUUGACACUUUGCAUAAGUUAAGAAAAGCUGCAGAUUGUGCAAAAGUUCACAUUCCAUGUUCAGGACAGGCCACGUCAAGCCAAGAGCUAUAUGCAGCUGUAACAGAAACUAAAGAUGAGAUGCAUAGCCAUAUUCCCCUCUUGUCUAUCUGUGAAAAGAAUGAAUCUAAAUUAAUUUUGAAAGAAGGGACUGAAGCAAACUCACAAGAAUGUGCACUUGAAAUUGGGAUCAAAAAAAGCAAGGCGGAUCUGCAGAAAUCAAUGGAAAAAGGGCAAGGAAUGAUAUCCCCAACAUGUAUGCACAUUUUAGAGAGACACAGAAAACUUGGGUAUGCCUACAAAAGCCAGGAUUUGGCAAAAAGAUAUCAGAGUAUGUUAUGCAAUAGCUAUGAAGAAGAUGUCAGAGUAAGAGAAUAUCAGUCAGUUGUAGAUCAGCCAGCCUUAGUAUCCACUUACCUAGAGAAGCCCAUAGACAAAGAGGAUCUGGCACAGCAUAUGUUCUUUGCACCUGUUAAAGUGGAUUUUGAAUAUUCAGGAUUUGCAGCUGCAAUCACCACACCUUUUGAGUUUUACGUUGUUCUUGAGGAGUUGCUUCUUCUCAUGAAUGCUGUGUCAAACCUCCUUGAGGAACCAUCAGAAGUGUUCUCUCUGUUGCCAGAGACUCAUCUGAUUCCUGGCGCAAGUUGCUUGGUAAAGUCUAAUGAGAAGAAAAAAUGGUGCAGGGCAGAGAUAGUCCAGUGUGAUGACACAACAGUGAUCAUAAAUCUGGUUGAUUAUGGUCAUUAUGCAUGGUUUCUAAGGCAAGAUAUCCACAGGCUUAAAAGACUUCCUACAGACCUUGCAGGACUACCAAAGAUCAUUUACCCUUGCAUGUUGAGGGGAAUCAAGCCUGCUGGUGCUAUGCAGUGGUCUGACAAUGCAGUUGUUUUUUUCCAAGAACAUAUGUGUCAGAAAAAUCUUCAAAUACACUUCAGGCAGUAUGUUUCAGAGACACACUGGGAGGUGGAUGUUGACAUAGAAGACAGCAGUAUUGCCAAACAGUUGGUUGAUGCUGGUCAUGCGUGUUACAUAGACAAUGUGUUUGGAAUCCCAUUUCAACAAAGCCCAGAUGGUAAAACACUAUCUCAGCAAAUCAUGCAUAAUGUUUCUGAAUCUGCGUCAGGCAAACAUGAAGUACAGUCAAAAAGCAUGAAGAUGCAAUAUGGGACUUUGGAAGAAAUGUUGUCAAGUGAGAAUGCAUUCAGGUCCACUGAAGAAAAUUUUCAAGGCAGUAGCAGACAGAGAGAGGCUGAAGUCUUUUUCACUAAAAGUUGUGACUAUCAUGGACCUGGGCAGAAGACAAAUUAUGACCCAGUAUCUGGCUUAAGACAGUGUGUGCUGAUGUGAAAGAUGUGGGUUCACGUAUUGACACAGUAUCAGGGGAGUGGAAGCAUCAGUGGAACGGAACUGUUUAUCAAGUCCAAAACUGCUACUGAGUGACAUUUUGAUUUUGGUAAUUCAUUUCUUUUAUUUUGGAUAUUAGUAUUUGAUGAAUAUGAAAAUGUUUUUUUAAAUACAGUCGUUGCAGUAAAUAAAUUGCAGCUGUGGUUUUGCUUUACAGAUGAUAAUGAAAAAAUAAUUUUAAGCCUAUAGAGUUGAGAGAAGUCAACAACAGUUAGAAAGAAACUAAAUGACCUGAUGGAUUUGAAUGUGUAGUAAAAUUGCAUCAUUUUGUUAUGUUGCAUUGAUAUUUUUGUGAUUUUCAAGUCAUGCAGAAGAGAUUUUAUCUUCACUUUCUGGUAUCAUAUAAGUACUCAUUAGAGGUGUUAAAUUGUUCCAAAACUGCAUGUUUGAGCUAAUUGAAUUUGUGUGUUCAGUUCUGUUUCUUAAUUUUUGUUCAAAGAAACUUUGGAAUGAAAAUAUUUCAGAAUAAUAUUAUUUUAGAGUUACCAUUUG